AUGGCCAUGAACCCUUUACUGACACCAUCAGGGCAGCAGAGAAUGCCACUGGUUCCCUCACCAUAUGAACCUCCAACGGUGGAUAGAGACUUAUUGCCUUCUACCAUAGCUCCUACUGACCCAAGACAGUUUUAUGCUCCUUCUCAAUUUGGACCUUCUGUUCUACCAAAUGCAAACAUGCCGAACAUGCUGUCCAAUCGUGUCUACUCAGGUUGGGGCAUUUUACCACCUGAAUCCAUAAAGGCAAUGGCCAGAAGGAAUGAAAUGAUUCAAAGGCAGCAUACUGCCAGGAUGGAAAUGGAAAUGCAUGCCAUUUACCAACAAAGGAGAAUAGAAAAAGUGAAUCCCAAGGGACUAGCAGGCCUAGGGAUACCAUUCCUCUAUGGCUCCAGUAUCCCACCUGGCCCAGCUACCUACCAUGGUAGGAGCAUGCUCCCUGCUGGUGACCUGCAUUUCCACAGAAGCACCCUGAGAAAUCUUCAGGGAAACCCCACUUUAGUGGCGACUGGUCCACAUUUUCUCGAGAGCUGGGGUCAGAAAUGUCGUCGUCUUAGGAGAAGUACAGGGAAUCAGAAAGUUCUAGACAAUGAUAUUGAGAGCUCCAAAAGUCAAGGAGAAGAAAAACUCUUAGCUCAGACUCAUGUGAUGCCCUAUGAAGAGGAUGAAUAUGCAAAGGAACCAGAGACCGAAGCUCUCAACAACCAGAAGUCAAGUGAAACCAAUGAAAAGCCAACUACAGCUCUGGCCAAUCCCUGUGGGGAGCUUGAGCCCACCCACAGAAAGCCUUGGGGAGCUCAUGGUGCUCCUCUAGAAGCAAAGGCCUCCUGGGAUGGUGUGAGAGAGAAGCCUUCAGAGCAGGGCUUUGCAGCCUGUGGGGAAAAGAAUGAUGUUUGCCCUCCAGUUCCUCGACCAGCUCUGCCAGGAGCACACCCACUGGUUACAAUUGGGGAAAAUCUGUCUUUGGAUGAAGAUAUUCAGAAAUGGACUGUGAAUGACGUGCACAACUUCAUCAGUGGCCUUCCAGGUUGUUCAGACUAUGCUCAGGUAUUUAAAGAUCAUGCAAUUGAUGGAGAAACCUUGCCAUUACUCACAGAGGAGCAUCUUCGAAGCACUCUGGGAUUAAAGCUAGGGCCAGCACUAAAGAUCCAAUCGCAGGUAUCCCAGCACGUGGAGAGUAUGUUGUACAAGAAAAGUCUUUCACUCCCUACCCAUACAAAACAAGCAUUUGAUCAACCGGCAGAUACAUCCCCUCUUUUGGAUUUUAAUUCCUGGGGAGAUAAUACAUUGGACAUUCCUUGUUCCCAUGAUACAACAAUUCCUAAAGGAAUCGAACGAGAUAGCGUGAGAAAUUAAAACCCUCAAGGAGCAAGAACGGUGUAAUCAGUUAAGUUCAGGACAUUCUGAAGGGAGCGUGAGGGUUUCCCAGGACUUGAAAUGGAGGCUGGGAGGGAGAGAAACCAGCCCUUCUGGAGCUCUUAGAGGCCUUGC